AUGUACCCAGACCCUCCUCCAGCACCCCCCUCCUCCUCCGCACCUCCCUCCCCCCUCCUCUCUCUUCCCCCCGAUCUCCUCCUCCUCUCCCUCUCCCGCCUCUUUCCCACCGACCUCCGCUCUGCUGCUGCCACGUGUACACGCCUGCGCCAGCUGGCACUGCCAGCUGUACCCAACCUGCCACACCUCUCCCUCUUUCCACAUCAACGGUCGGCGCUACAGUGGAUGAUGGGCAGAGAGAGGGGGGGAGUGAGGAGGGAGAGUAGGGGAGAGAGGGGGAGAGGGGUCCCGCAGGGGUUUGUUCGGAGCCCGUUAGUGAGUGUGUUGAUGAUGAGAGAGGAGGGGAGUGAGUGUGGUGGUGGUGGAGUGGGGAGUGUGAAGGGGAGUGGGAAUAGGAAUGGAGGGAAUGAGGGGAGGGUGAUGCUGUGUGAUGUGAUUACAGGGGGGGUGAGAUUCCUUUGGAGCAACGAGAAGAGAAGCGGAAGGGGGAAGAGAAAAACCAGAGAGUGGGAAGCAGAUGAAAGCAAAGGUGAGCAGCAGGAUAUCGCAAGUCUGCAAGAGGGCGAGAAAGGGGAAAAGGAAGUUUCGGGAUGUUCAGGCUCGGCGAACGUGGAGCCCGGCAAAUUAGGCAUGGUACCGGAGCUAGCGGACAGGCUCGGCCUGGUGCCAGACGUGCAGGGAGGUCUAUUUUGUGACGAGCCUGGGCUGGGUAAGACUGUGACUGCCUUGGCGCUGAUCCUCAAAACCAAGGGGUUGCUUCCGGCUGUGCCUAGGGGCUGCCGACUGGUGGUGUGUGGGAGGAGGGGAGAGAAUGGGGUGGAUGGGUGGAGAGCUGAAGGAGGAGGAGGAGGGGGAGGAGGAGGAGGAGAAGGAGGAGGAGGAGGGGUAUGGAAAGGAGGGUGGCUGGGUUAUUACGAGAGGGUUUUACCUGGAGAGGCAACGAAGGGGAAGGAGUGGGAUUGCAGAGGAGAGAGGUUGAAACAGGCUUGGCAUGGCAAUGUGACGGGGGGAAGUCAGGAUGCUGUGGGUGAGAUAAGGGGGAAGAAAGAGGUGGUGGAGUGCGGUUUAGAGGAGAAUGAGGCACAUAAGAAUGUGUUGAAUGCGGUGGAGGGGAGUGGUAGCAGGUGUGAUGCGGUGCAGGGGAGUCGGAGUGGGAUGACAUCGGAGCUGUUAACUGGGGGCAGUGUGGUGAAAGAUAGGGGUUGUGGUGGAGCAGAGUUGAGAGGUGCGGCAGAUUUGAAAGGUGGGGCGGAGUUGAAAGGUGGGGCGGAGUUGAAAGGUAGGGCGGAGUUGAAAGGUGGGUCAGAGGUUGGGGAAGUUACUGAUGGGAGCAGGGCGAAGGCCGAACAACAUGAGAAGGGUGAGGGAGGGGAGAUUAGUGAGGGAGGAGCGAAGAGCGAGGGGGAGAAAAAGGGCAAGAGAGAGAGAAAUAUUAGGAGAGAGGCGAAGAGUGAAGGGGAGCCAGAGAGUAAAGAAGAGGAAAAGAGUGAGGGAGAGGAAAAGAAUGAGGGAGAGGAGAAGACCAAGGGAGAGGAGAAGAGUGAGGGAGAGGAGAAGAACAGGGGAGUGAAGGGCGGAAGGAAGGGGUCGAGGAGUCCCAGAACGUGUGCUGGCAGGAGGGGCAGUGCAGCAAACGAAGCUUCCAAGGGGGCAGCACGGGAGACAGCAGGGUGGAGGCAUCAAAGAGUGCAAUGA